GCGGGCUGUGUGCGCCUCGGACUCCAUCCCCCGCCAGCCCCCGCGGCUUAAGUCGUUGCCUCUUCCUGUUUAGGGGACAAGUAGCCCGACGGCCGACAACUGCAAGGUCUGCGAAGGGAUCUUCGCCUCCCGAUCGGGUUUUCCGAGGUAGAGGGAUUGGCCUGCUGAGGCAAUCCCUGUGAUAAAUUUUGUUCAUUUUGCUGCAAGCUUUGACUUUUAGCAGGAGUAACUUCCUCAGUGCCUAGAACCUGCGAAAAAUGGCAGAUGAGGAUAGUGAUUCUAGGCAUCUUAUCUCUGAGGUAGACGAUGAAGUAAAUCCUGGACCUAUGAAUAUCCAGUUUGAUUCAUCAGACCUAAGAUCUAAAAGGCCUUUCUAUAUAGAGCCUACAAACAUCGUCAAUGUGAAUGAUGUCAUUCAGAGGGUUAGUGACCAUGCCUCUGCUAUGAACAAGCGGAUUCAUUACUACAGCCGGCUCAGCACUCCUGCAGACAAGGCACUGAUUGCUCCAGACCACGUAGUCCCAGCUCUAGAGGAAUGCUAUGUGUACAGUCCACUGGGCUCUGCCUAUAAACUCCAGAGUUACACUGAAGGCUACGGUAAAAACAGCAGCUUAGUGACGAUUUUUAUGAUCUGGAAUACCAUGAUGGGAACAUCUAUACUAAGUAUUCCUUGGGGCAUAAAACAGGCUGGAUUUACUACUGGAAUGUGUAUCAUUGUGCUGAUGGGCCUUCUAACACUUUAUUGCUGCUAUAGAGUGGUGAAAUCACGGAGUAUGAUAUGUACAUUGGACACAACUACCUGGGAAUAUCCAGAUGUCUGCAAACAUUAUUUUGGCUCCUUUGGGCAAUGGUCAAGUCUCCUUUUUUCCUUAGUGUCUCUCAUUGGAGCAAUGAUCGUUUAUUGGGUGCUUAUGUCUAAUUUUCUUUUUAAUACUGGAAAGUUUAUUUUCAAUUUCAUUCAUCACAUUAAUGACACCGACACUAUACUGAGAACCAAUGACAGCAACCCUGUGAUUUGUCCAAGCGCUGGGAGCAGUGGCCAUCCUGACAACAGCUCCAUGAUUUUCUACAAUGACACACAAGUCCAGCAGUUUGAGAGGUGGUGGAGUAAGUCCAAGACAGUGCCGUUCUACCUCAUAGGGCUCCUCCUGCCACUGCUCAAUUUCAAGUCUCCUUCGUUUUUUUCCAAAUUUAAUAUCCUAGGCACAGUAUCCGUCCUCUAUUUGAUUGUCCUUGUUACCUUGAAGGCUAUUCGUUUAGGAUUCCAUCUGGAAUUUCACUGGAUUGUGCCAACAGAAUUUUUUGUACCAGAGAUAAGAUUUGAGUUUCCACAGCUGACCGGAGUGCUUACUCUUGCUUUCUUUAUCCACAAUUGUAUUAUCACACUCUUGAAAAACAACAAGAACCAAGAAAAUAAUGUGAGAGACCUGUGCAUUGCUUAUAUGCUGGUGACAUUGACUUAUCUCUAUAUUGGUUUCCUGGUUUUUGCCUCAUUUCCUUCACCUCCAUUAUCCAAAGAUUGUAUUGAGCAGAACUUCUUAGACAACUUCCCUAGCGGUGACAUCCUGUCCUUCAUUGCAAGGAUAUUCCUGCUGUUCCAGAUGAUGACCGUCUACCCACUCUUAGGCUACUUGGCCCGUGUUCAGCUCUUGGGCCAUAUCUUCGGUGACGUUUAUCCUAGCAUUUUCCACGUGCUGAUUCUUAAUUUAAUUAUUGUGGGAGCUGGAGUGACCAUGGCCUGUUUCUACCCAAACAUAGGCGGGAUCAUAAGGUACUCGGGAGCAGCAUGCGGCCUGGCUUUCGUGUUCAUAUACCCUUCUCUCAUCUACAUAAUUUCCCUCUGCCAAGAAGAGCGUCUGACAUGUCCUAAAUUAGUCUUUCACAUUUUCAUCAUCAUUUUGGGCGUGGCGAACCUGUUUGCUCAGUUUUUCAUGUGAAAACUGUUUUCCCGCCAUUUCUCGUGGUAUUCUGAACCUUGGCAACGGUUCUGCAUAAAAGAACUUGGAAAUGCUGUCAUUGCUGUAAUUCUAAGUGUUUUCUCAGAUAACUGGAAGCAAGGGAAACGAUGGUCUGCUGAUAACUAUUUUUGUACUGGAGCAGGGAGGGGCAAUGCGGAUGGCUGGGCCCUUUGCCUUUCUCGGGGACCCCAUCCCAUGCAUCCAAGUAGAAAUAUAGAAGGAAUCACACUGGUUUUUUGUUGAUAAGUAUAAGGUAGGUGGAUGUGUUUUGCCUGCAGCUAGGAAUCUCAGGGGUUGGGUCCAGACGGCAUGCUGCCAGACCCUGUUUCUGUUUCAGGGUCCUCUCGCCUACUUUCUCACUUGCUGGACCAUUUCUUCAGUUUACCCAAGCCGCUGCUGUUUCGAACAGUAAAACAAAUACCUCAUUUUAAAAGAAGUUUCCAUGGCAUCAUUAUUAGAUGAAUGAAUUCCUAACUAAAUACUUCAUCUGAAGAACAACAACAACAAAAAAAAGUCAAUGGUAUCAGUCCAUCAGAAGACGCCUAUAAAAUAAGCCCUGUGAGUAGCUGGUGCAUGUCAGUGAGGACGUAGAUGGUGGGGACGAGAGGACCAGGGUUUGUGUCACCCUCAGUUUCAUGGCCAGUGUGAAACCAGCCUAACUAUGUAAAACCUUGUCUCAAGACACCAGGAGAAAAAAAAGAAAACAUGUGUCGAUAAACUUGUGCAGAGGUGGUUGCUGCCUGACUCGUAAUUCCAAUCCAGUUCCAGUGACCUAGAUUGAGGUUGCAGUUCCCAAGCCAGAUCUUACACAUGAACAAAAGCAGUUGUCCUCACAGACCCCGGGGACUCUCCUCGUGUCCUUGAGACAUGCAUGGACUGUCGUGAAGCCCAAUGAAGAAAGCGUGAGCAGAGAGGGGCAGCAUAUGAGGCUCUUCAGAAGAACAAAGGAAUAGCUAGAAAGGGUGGGACUCCGCCCAGGGUAUCCUGAGUCAUUCUGGUUCAGGUGUGACCUCCAGGGGCCGACACCAUCUACUCGUCCUCUAGUGGGAAGGGAAGAAUGUUGUCUCCACAAGAAAAACUUCUGUCUGAAAAGAUUGAGAAAGAAACCCAGGUUCUUAGAGUUAACACUCUUCCCAUUUCCCUUCUGACCCGAAAGCUGAACCAGAAUCCAGAUGUCUGUCUUCCACGUAACACGGUCUGUGCUUCACCCAAAACUCCUGACAUUUAGAGCGCUCUAAUUUGGGGCUAAAUUGUUAAAAAUGUAUCAUAAUUCCACUUCCCAGGAGUGUGCAGACUGUGUCAUGUCCGUCCUUUGGGAAACGCAGGUGAAAUGGUUUCUGUAAAUCUAGUUAGGAGCUCCAGAUUUAAGACCCAGCUUUGAUUUCUGUCAGCAUGGCUUAUGUCCUGUUGGAGUUACAGGUCUAUGUUUAUAAGAAGCUGUCAUUCCUAACACUUUUUAAAAUCUCAUUAUGAGAACUGUCAGGCACACACACAAAUAGAAUAACAUGGAAAACUCCGUCCACCCAUCCCCGGGUCUAGUAAUUAUAGACUUAGCUGAAUUUGCUUUACCUGCUCCUUCCCGCUUUUUUCUUUUCUGACUUAUUUAAAAAACAAUCUCAGACAUUAUGUCAUUUCAGUUCAGCAAACCUUAAUAUCUAGCUAAUAGCCCGAACUUUGAACCUAGUCCCAUUUAUCAUGGAGCCAGUCUCCAAAGCACUGGCUAGCAGAAAGGGCUGCAGAAGCCGUGUUGCAGGGGAAGAGCCUUUAUGCUUGAGACACUCGGGAACGUCUGACUGCAGACUUGCUUUGUUCAGAGGCAUUUGCGUCAAAGCUGAGUGCUUUGAGAGAUGUUCCGACUUAAUCUCUGUAUGUUCGUGGUAGUUUCUUUUCUCUUUGAGAACUUUAGCAACAGUCAUCAUUGCUUUUUCCACAAAGGCAUUCCUGAAUGCUUUAACACAUCAAAGAUGUGUUAUGCUUUAGCAAUCAAGGGUGAUUGGAUGUGUUUUGCCUAUUUCAUAGAUAAAAGGAAUAUGGCAGGGGAUGCUACUCUCUGGACAAAAAAGAAUGUGGAUUUAUGCUUUUGUUUUCUUAAAGAGAUUUGAUCAUUUAGACCUCCUAAUGCCAUGUUAGAGGAGCCAGAUGGCUUUGUCUCCUUAGUCUCUUUCAGAGACUCCUUUGGCCUGUCACUUAGCGGAGUCAGACUCGUGAGUGCAGUGUCCUGGCUCCUGCCGAGAAUGGCGUGAUAGGAACUCACAAGCAGUUAAUCUGACUUGCUCUCUCUCCUCUCCUCUCUUUGAACUGUCUAAUUAAACUACUUUGGCUUUUUGCUCUGAUGUGGUCAGCCUUUGGAUUUAGCUUCUUUAACACACAGCUGAGGACACUAAGAUUUAGAAGGAAUUGUUUGGAAGGGUCUUCCUGAGAAAUCCUAUGGAUGUAUUUGGCCUAUG